CUGACCCUCGAGUGCAUCUUUCAGUUUAGGUUACUGCUGAUUUGAUCCUCUGGAAUCUGCAGAAGGAAGGUCAGCCAGCCGCUGCGAAUAGCAGAGUAACAGGAGUGGAGCUCUGGAGCAGGAUCGCUGAGAGAUGUGUGAACACGCAUAAGCACAGCUGAGCUGUCAAGUAUUUCUGCCUCAGACCUGGGCUUGUUCCCCAGGCACGGUUUGCGUGGGGUAUAAUAUCUCCUGAUACCUGGAGAUGAUGUCGGUUGAAGGGUCUACAAUAACAAGUCGGAUCAAGAACCUCCUUCGCUCUCCCUCCAUUAAGCUGAGAAGAAACAAGCCUGGGAACAAGCGUGAAGAUAUAGGAAAUAAGGUGACUUUGGAGAAGGUGCUGGGGAUAACUGUGUCAGGAGGCAGAGGAUUAGCCUGCGACCCCAGAACUGGCCUCGUUGCUUAUCCAGCUGGGUGUGUUGUUGUGCUGUUCAACCCUAGAAAAAAUAAGCAACACCAUAUUCUAAACAGUUCCAGGAAAACAAUUACAGCACUCGCUUUCUCUCCAGAUGGAAAAUAUUUGGUUACAGGAGAGAGCGGGCACAUGCCAGCUGUUCGGGUGUGGGAUGUGGCCGAACGAACCCAGGUGGCGGAGCUCCAGGAGCACAAGUAUGGGGUGGCCUGUGUGGCAUUCUCUCCCAGCUCCAAGUACAUUGUGUCCGUGGGGUACCAACAUGACAUGAUAGUCAACGUGUGGUCAUGGAAGAAAAACAUUGUUGUGGCAGCCAACAAAGUCUCAAGUAAAGUGACAGCUGUGUCAUUCUCAGAGGACUGCAGUUACUUUGUCACUGCUGGAAAUCGGCACAUCAAGUUCUGGUAUUUGGAUGACAGUAAGACCUCCAAGGUCAAUGCCACAGUCCCCUUACUAGGUCGCUCGGGAUUGCUUGGAGAACUGAGGAACAACUUCUUUGCAGAUGUGGCAUGUGGAAGAGGCAAAAAAGCUGACAGCACUUUCUGUAUCACAUCUUCAGGCCUGCUGUGUGAAUUCAAUGAAAAAAGGCUGUUAGACAAAUGGGUGGAGCUGAGGACUACUGUGGCAAACUGCAUCUCUGUGAAUCACGAUUACAUCUUCUGUGGCUGCGCUGAUGGCACCGUGCGGAUUUUUAACCCUCUGAACCUUCACUUUGUCACCACACUGCCGAAGCCGCAUUUUUUAGGAACAGACAUCGCGAGUGUGACUGAAGCCAGUCGUCUUUUCUCCGGUAUGGCUGAUGCGAAGUAUCCAGACACAAUUGCCUUGACCUUUGACCCCACCAACCAGUGGCUUUCCUGUGUAUACAAUGACCACAGCCUGUAUGUAUGGGAUGUCAAAGACCCGAAGAAAGUGGGCAAGGUCUACUCUGCUUUGUAUCACUCAUCCUGUGUGUGGAAUAUUGAGAUAUAUCCUGAGGUAAAGGACAGCAAUCAGUCAUGCCUCCCCCCUGGUUCUUUCAUCACCUGCUCCUCUGAUAACACCAUUCGUCUGUGGAACACUGAGAGCUCCAACAUUCAUGGCACUGCCUUGCACCGCAACAUCCUGAGCAAUGACUUGAUGAAAAUCAUCUAUGUAGAUGACAACACUCAGGUACUUCUGGACACAGAUUACAACUCAGGGGGAAGUGCAGACAAAGCUGAUACACAAGUGAUGGACACAAAGGUGGGGAUACGCACUGUCUGUGUGAGUCCCAGUGGGGAGCACCUGGCCUCGGGGGACAGGAUAGGCACUCUCAGGAUAUAUGAAUUGCAGUCUCUGCAGGAAAUGCUGAAGGUAGAAGCUCAUGACUCUGAGAUUUUAUGCCUGGAGUACUCCAAACCUGACACAGGGUUAAAGCUCUUAGCCUCAGCCAGUCGGGAUAGAUUGAUUCAUGUCUUGGAUGCUGGAAAGGACUACAGCCUGCAGCAGACCCUGGAUGAACAUUCUUCUUCCAUCACUUCUGUGAAGUUUGCAGCCAAUGAUGGGAAAGUGCGAAUGAUAAGCUGUGGGGCAGACAAGAGCAUUUAUUUCCGCACUGCGCAGAAGACAGGGGAAGGAGUUCAGUUUACCCGAACACAUCACAUUGUUAGGAAGACCACUCUGUAUGACAUGGAUGUGGACCCCAGCUGGAAAUAUGCAGCUAUUGGCUGUCAGGAUCGUAACAUCAGGGUCUUCAACAUAAGCAGUGGGAAGCAGAAGAAGCUGUACAAGGGAUCCCAAGGUGAAGAUGGCACCCUCAUCAAAGUGCAAACGGAUCCCUCUGGGCUUUAUAUUGCAACCAGUUGUUCUGACAAGAACCUCUCCAUUUUUGAUUUCUAUUCGGGCGAGUGUGUUGCAACCAUGUAUGGGCACUCAGAAAUUGUGACUGGGAUGAAAUUCAGUAAUGACUGCAAACAUCUGAUCUCUGUUUCUGGUGACAGUUGUAUCUUCAUCUGGCGUCUGAGCUCAGAGAUGACCAUCAACAUGCGGCAGCGACUAUCUGACAUGAAGCAGAGAGGGAAGCAGGCAGAAAAGUCUCCUCCACACAAGACAGCUGGACUUAUGAGGCAUGAAUCCAUCUCUGCCCUAUCCUCUGUGCCAGCACUUUCAUCAGACAGUGACAAGGAUGGUGAAGAUGAAGGGAACGACGAAGAUGAAUUAAGUGGGCUGCAGUCGUUCCAUGUUCAGUCCAACUGCAACACUGAGAGAGACUCAGAUCCAGAUCUUACCCUCUCAAGAAGCCUUUCCCAUUGGGAAAUGAGGAGGGCCAAAGAGAUAGCAGCAAUCCAGCGUUCGGAGGCACCAAUGAGCAAAGUGCCUCGACAGCGUGGGCGCUGGUCCCAGCCAACCAACAAUAUAGAAAUGACUGUGAAAUCCAUGCUUGACUUGCGUCAGUUGGAGUCUUUCUCUGUUUCCCGUUCUCCAAGUCGAGAUUCAUUGUCUCAAAACAGCAAUGGGGAUGAUAGAGAAGAACAUGCAGAUCUCCCUGUGCACAUCAACAAAGUUGGAAGCUCAAUAGCUCCCCAAGACAACCGAUCUUGUGUACGGCCUCAAGUGAUUCGGCUCCUGUCUUGUGAAGAGGGUAUUUUCUCUCAGGAACUGGAACCAUCUGAGAGUGAGGAGUGUGUAAUCUACCCUGAGCAAGAUGAAAUCCAUCCCACAGACCCUAGCAGCGAGUACCAGGUAAAAGCACUGCCCCAUGGCAAGCUAAAUAGAAGUUAUCAGACCAAUGGAUGUCCAGACAAACACAGUCCAGACAGUGCCUGCUCUGUAGAUUACAGCAGCAGUCGUCUUUCCAGCCCAGACCAUCCAAAUGAAGAUUCUGAAAGCACUGAGCCCCUGAGUGUGGACGGCAUCUCAGAUCUGGAGGGAGAGGAAGGAGAGGAGGAUGUGGGUACCAACGUGCCAGUGGGAGAAAUUCCUCAGGCACCUGAUCAGGAGAAGUUCCUCAAGCAGCAUUUUGGGACCCUGGACAGCACUGAUGGAAAAGGUGGUUCAUGUAGGAGUCUGGAAAGAACUGAAAACCUCAGCAUUUCAUCUCGCUUUCUUUCCCAGUCUCCAGCUCUCAGGCGCUUGUCACUCUCCUCAUCGAAUCUGAUACUGGAUUCAAAGUCCAUUGAGUCUCCAGCUCCAACCAGUCGACUUACUCAAGACCUGUUGAAAAAUGACAGCAGCCAUUCUGCUGAUUCUUUGGAAAACAGCUGCCUCUUGGAUAAUGUAAAUUUGCAUCGGGCUGUUUAUGCCCAGAAAAAACGCAAGUCGGCCUUGGAGACCAGCAGAGUUGGUAUGGCUCCUGGACGAGUUAUUGCAUCCUUUCCAGAAGGCCCUGUGAAUGCAGUGAUGAGAAAGGCACAGUCAGUUCACGACCUUGUUCAUGAGGAUAAGGGUCCUGGAGUGGUAUCUUCUGCCAAGCAGCGUCCUCAUACUCUUAUGGUGGUUGAGAAGGAUCCCAGACCUAAUAAUUGCAGGGCGUUAUCAUCCAGUCUGUUGAAGAUGGAUGGAUCUGGUGCUCUGCUGGCCAAAGAUGUCAGGGCUGCAAAACCAAAGUCCUACAUGAACCCUACAACCAGCUUCCGGGCUAAGAUGUCAAGGAGCAUAUCUGUAGGGGAAAAUCUGUACCUUGGUUGCUCCACCGAUGUGUUGACUGAUGGGAGAACUAGCCCUCCAGCAGCAGAGAAGACACAGUUCAGUCCCACGGCAGAUGCUGAGAAGAUGAAGUUAACAGUAAAAGAAAAUUUUCCAGUGAAGCCAGCACUUCAGCCAGUUGUAAACUGCUUGUCUCCCAAGUCCUUUCACAGCAAGUUGGCAUCAUCAAACCGAGCACACCUGAUUCUCGACAUUCCUAAGCCAUUGCCGGAUAGACCCACACUGGCCUCCUUCUCACCCACUACCAAAACCAAAACCCUGCUUGAGCCACAGUCUCCCCAGUCACCUGCUGGGGCCUGUAAAAAGAAAUCCUCAUUCCCUGAGGUUCGAACCUCCAAGAAGGAGAAUCAAGCUGCUGGGACUCUGGUUCCUGGUAGAGAGAAUUCAACAGGACUUGCUAAGGAGAACCCAGUAGAGAGUCCAAUUGCAAGGACAGGUUGCCAGUUUGAGCCGGGGGUCACAAAUCUAAAACUGAGGGAGUUUUCAGAGAUCCGGCAACUGAAGUCUCCUGAAAGCACACUGCCCAGUUGUAAGGAGAGGACCACCGGCAUCGCCUGUGUGCUAGACAACCAACCUGGACUUUGCCCACUAGACCCCAUCAGGCCGAGGUCUCCUACAUCUGUAACUGCCUUGGCACAGGUCUCAGAAUCGAGCAUCAGUGUGGAGCAAUGUGAGCAUGUGGUAUCUGAGCUCCAGGACAGCAUGCGCAAAGCUAUUCAUCUUUACCGUGCGGUGCUAAAUGAUACAGAGUCAUCUACUGACAAAGAUAAAAUAGCAGGCCUCCUGACAGAAACAUUUUCCUUAAUGAAGAAAGAGUUGGACUCCCUGAAGGAUGAGGAAGAACUGCCGAAGGUUAAGGAGGUACUGCCAAAGCCACAAGAUACUGCUAGGUCACUAAAUGACAAAUGUGGUGCCAAUCUACCAAGUCCCAAGAGCUUAGGAGAUGAGCAGACACUAGCUUUGCUGGAACAGUACUCGGAGUUAUUGUUACAAGCUGUGGAACGACGCAUGGACAAAAAACUCUAAAAGUGGUGUCUUUCAGGUGUUUGUGAAUACACAGAAAUAAUCCGAAGAGGAGGACCACAGAGAGAUAUUCAGACCAAUGCUAUCAUCACACUGGUCUAGAGCUGGUGGGGUGACCUUUGUAAACUGAUUUCCUCAGGCCCCUACAGUUGACUUGCUCUAAUUCUUAGGAAUGUGCUGGGCACAGUUUUAACAUUUUUUUCCAAUUGUCUUCAAGUUCCUGUCUCUAGAUCGUCUCUAGACAAAGUUUUGAAAGAGGAGUUUGGAGAAAUUGCCUUGAAAUUUCUUCAUAGCCAGGAGGUCAGGAUGUUUGGCAUCUAAAGAAACAAAGAAAAUCUCAUUUAUCCAAGAAAUUCUGAACUGCGGACCGAAAACGAAGGAGUCCAAGUGAAGCCAAUCCCUUCUUCUCUAAAGCUUUAGGAGAAUCAAGAAGCAGACUUUUUAUGGGUUUAUUUAUUAAUUUAUUUUUUCUGACUGUUGCUCUAUGUCACGUUUGUGACUAGUAUCUAUCCUUUAACAAAAAAAAGUCAAUCUCUUGCCAUAUCCCAGCGAGAAACAAUCUCUGUAUUAUAAAUCUCCAAGAGGGAGACAGGCUGGAGUGUCUGUGCAAUUAAUGAACUGGUUUCUGCUUAAAUUUUUCUUGCUGUUCUUUCUUUUCCUUCCAUAGUUCAUUACUUGGAGUAAUCCUGCUGUUGUUUUGACUACUCUUGUCUGCUUUUCUCUUUGUUUCACAAGACAGUCCUCAUACCUGUAUUUUAUCUGCAUUCGCCUCCAGGGGGAAGACUCCACAACCCUUGGGCCAAGCUUUGGAGUUUGUCUAACAAAAUCAGUAGUGGUAUUUUUUAAUCUGGAAUUUGAUGUUAUGUUGAUGUUCUCCAGACUAGGUUUUUCUGCAGACAUUUUAAAAAGGAAGCUAUAUACAAAGAGGAAAGUUCAUUUCAGCCACCUUUCACAGUUAGGAAUUGGAUAUCAACUUUGAUGUUAUCAUUACUGGGAAAUUUGGGGAUAUGAUUUUAUUUGUGGAGAAAUCACACUGAAAGUCUGGUUUCCAACAGCAUAACUCUGGAGUUGAGAAAUCUUCAGUACAACUGCUCAUCCGUAUGAUUUGUUGAUUUCAGUGUCUUGAUAGAAGAUUUUUUUUUCUUGUUCCAGGAAAACAGAAUACUUACAUCUCAAGAAAGCUGGGAUUCUUGUCCAUUUUGUAAUUCUGUUCCAAAUACCCAUAAAAAAUGGUUUACCAGGAACGUACCAAAACAUUUUUGAAUGUGGUUAUUGCUAUUCCCACCCCCAACCUCUCUUAAUUAGUUUAAUUAAUUUCUUGACUGACAAAUGGAAAAUCAUCUCCUCUUGCAUUUGUGUGUACAGUACUCUUCUCACCUUCUCUAAGACUAUGCUAACUUUUAUUUGUUAAGACUUAAAACUUUCCAGUGAUAUUUUAUUAGUCAACAAUAAGCUAUAAAACAAACAAACAAAAAACCUCCCACAAUGAACCAGCAAUAAAACUCUUCAGUACCUUCCCUCAUAAUUCUCACUCCUUUCCACAAUCUCCUGAUUUACUUGCAUUUAUUUUAAGGCAGAGCAGUGUACUUCCCAUUUGUACUCCCAGUUUAUAAAACUAAUGCAAGUAACAAGCUUUCAUGUGAGUGAGAGAAUGCUAGUAUCUGUGGCGUCCACUUACAGGUAGCUAGACUGCAUCAGUUUGUUUAUGUGCUGAAAGCUUGAAGCAGUCUUCUUUCAUUUUGCUGUCCUGGCUGUCAUCUCUCUGAAGCCCUAUGGCACUUGAAAAUGCUGUCUGUUGGCUUGCUUUGCUUUCUCUUUCUGUGACUGGGGAUUUGCAGUGCAGCCUUCUUUUACUACUGGGCCAGCCAGACUGGUGUAGGAUGGCUUAUUUCUUCAGUAUACUCUAGGGCUGAAUAAUCUGCAGUUGUCACUAUUCCCUUGCCUGAUCACUACUGCUCAGUGCUUUGCAAUGUGGCAGUACGUGGAGCACUUUCAGAGCUUUCUAACUGCUUCUGUCUCUAAUGUAAAUCUGCCUCAUUGAGUGUUACAGGUGUCCUUGCUAACCUUUCUUUCCAUGGACUUGUACUGAAACUUUAGAAGUGGUAUCUUCUAGUCCUGUCUCAUCAUUGUGCUAUGCUGAACUGAUUGGUGUGCUGGAUCCCAUAGGCAGAGAGGUUUUUAUGAAGACAAAUUGAAAAGUAUAGAAACUUUCUGUCGGUUUCCUUGAGUAAAAAGAUGUGCUGGAGAUGCUACAAGUGGAGUGUCUGGUGGCAGUUGUGUUGGGCUGUGAUGGAGUUAGUGUGAGUCAAGCUUGCUUUUGGGAUGAUUAGUUUCUCCUCUUUCAGACUGUGAACAUAUGUCCUAGUAACUUCUUGCUGUACUGGGACCUCAAGACACUCAGGUAAAAUAGCAGCCCCUUCAACCCAGGUAUCUUUUGGUACUGAAGAUUAUGGUUUGAGGGGUCUUUAUUCUAUUUCCUUGUGCAGUUUUAUUAUCCAUUUCAUUAUUUCAAUUAUGAGGUAGUGGCAAAAACGGUCAGAGAGAGCCAGUGUUCAGAGCAAAGUUCACACCAAACUGUAGGGCAACAACAACCAGUGAAACUGGCAUAGCAAUACAAUUCCAAUGCUCCUUGGAAAGAAGACGUGUGAAGCAAAUAGGAUUUUUAAGCUGAUCAGAGUAGGUUUUGCUUCCUGGAUUGGAUUUUGCCUGGGCGUCAUGGCUGCAUGCAGGAAACCAGAGGUAAAUUCUGCCUGGAAUGAUGGAAAAAGAGGCAUCAGGCAAGUGGCUGAGCUGAUGGAGAGUGGUUGUGUAGUUUAAAGUAGAAUAGUAUAUAUAGGAUGUUAAGGAAAAGAGAGUAGAGGUAGAGAUAGUCUUGGUCCAAAGAACAUUGUUUGGCCAGUAACCGUUUAAGAUGAAGUAUGGAAAAGCUUCAGGAAAGUAGAUUUAGGACUGAGGUGGUGAUCUGUAAUUGCUGAAUGAAUCAGAAGGUGUUUUUAAAAAUGUCCUGUCAGGCCUCUUGUUUCUUUGCUUGCUGUCCUCUGAGCAAAUGUUUAUUAAAAGGCAUAAGUGUCAGCUGUUUGCCCAAGGUUUGGAAGUUAACUGAGAAUUCAGUUGAAGAGAUGCUAGUGCCACAUGUGUGUUGAUGCUUAGUAUUUGAGGUGAAUGCAACUGUCUCUUUCCUGCCAAGUUCCUAUUGUUAGCAGUGGGAAAUAAUCCUAAAAGUUCUAGUUUACAGUGCAGAGCACAAAUGGGAUAGAUUCUGUUGCACGUUGUGAGUACAAUUUGCUACAGGCUCUUGGUGAGGCCAGACAGAAAAACAAAUGAUAAUUGCUUAGAAAGUGAAAAGGUCUUUGGGAGAAGGUAGUGAGCUUGAGCCUAUCCCUCUUACUGGUUUGUGAUCCCUCAUUCAGGUUUAUGUGGGAACAGAUACAACCAGACACCUGUACUAAAACAAGUUGGUUGUUUAGCAUAGUCUGUAUUAAGAAUUUAGACUUACCAUGCUUUUUGUCCUCUCAUACCCAGCAUUUCUGGUCAAAAUGAGAAUUGUGUAUUUUUCCCCAUCUUGCUUAUAAAUAGCAUUGCUGUAGGACCCUUGCUUUGCUUGUAGGCCUCUGAGGUGAUGCAGGGGGAGGUCAGCAGGCUCAGUGUUCUUCCUGGGCAGUGGCUGCAGCCUCCUUCAGCGUGCCCAGACCGUGUGUUUACGUGGGUCCGUUGUUUCUCCUGCCUCUUCUCUCAGGUGUCUCCUUUCUCUUGGCUCUCCCAAGUGACUGUUGGGGCAGGCCUUAGAGUUUCUUCACCAAAACCCCCCUUUUUGCAGAAUCCAUCGUACCCUUGUAGAGAAACACCCUCAUUCUCUGGAGCAGAAACGUACAAACUUUUAAUUUUUUUAAAGAAAGAAUAUGUAUAUAAUUAUCUAUUAAAAAAAAA